UCCAAAUCUAGUUGACUCCAUUCCUAUGGGCAAAAGUAUAAUGCUUCUAACAAGAAAACUUUCCCUCCGUUGUUCUCCCCGCCUCUUUUGUUCAUCCCUGCGACCCCUGCAUCCCUUGGUCUAACAUUGGUUUGUUGCACUGUCGUGGUUCUCUUUCACCUAUCGAUUCCCAAAUCAUGAUUUCCUCUCCCUGUGACCACAGCCAUGGCAAACCUUAUGCCACGAGACAUGUGUCUCUAAUGUUUCCCCUUGCCAUUCUCAAGGACGUUCCAGCAAGAUUUGGGCCGCUCUUGCACUGAGAUCGUUGCUGGCAGUGUGUUCGAUAUAACUCCUCCAACAAUGAUACUCCCACGGUUUCGAACCCUCUACUUGCCGCCAACCGCCUCCCGCUUUUCCGACGACACCCGACCUCCCUCUUUUCAAUAUAUUUUCAUUCGCAAUAUUCUUGUACCAACUUAUGAGUCAUCACAACUUUCAGUAGAAACACAGCGAUGAGCUUGCUGCCGACAAAGGAAGGUCCAGUCGGACCCGUACAUACAUCCACUCACCCUGCUUUCUAUAUCGCGAACUGGAUCUUCUUUUCCAACCUUACAAUCUUGUUUAACAAAUGGUUCCUAGAUACGGCAGGCUUCAAAUAUCCCGUUAUCCUAACAUGCUGGCAUCUUGUAUUCUCGACGUUGGCGACCCAAGUAUUGGCACGGACCACCCCUCUCCUUAACGGCCGCCACAAGGUUCGGAUGACCAACCGCAUCUACCUUCGGGCCGUCGUCCCCAUUGGAUUGUUGUAUUCCUGUUCACUUGUGUGUUCCAACCUAGUGUAUUUGUACCUGUCAGUCUCCUUCAUACAGAUGCUCAAGGCUGCGGCUCCCGUCGCCGUUCUCCUCACCAGCUGGAUCUGGGGCGUCGUCACCCCCUCCAUGAAAACGUUUUACAAUAUUCUGCUUAUAGUCGCUGGCGUCGGAAUUGCUUCUUUCGGAGAGAUCGAGUUUUCUUGGGUUGGCUUCGUCUUCCAGAUGGCUGGCAUCGUUUUUGAGGCAGUACGGCUGGUGAUGAUCCAGGUCCUGCUGAAAGGCGACGAGGACGCACAACAAAUGGACCCUCUCGUUAGUCUAUACUAUUACGCCCCAGUUUGUGCCGUCAUGAAUCUGUUUGUCGCAUGGGCAAGCGAGUUCAAGACCUUUCAAAUGCAGGAUCUUUACAGAACAGGUUUCCCCAUGCUGCUGCUCAAUGCCGCCGGCGCCUUCAUGCUCAAUGUCUCGAGCGUCUUUCUGAUCGGCAAAACAUCUGGCCUCGUCAUGACGCUUACCGGCAUCCUCAAGAACAUAUUGCUCAUUUUAGCCUCGAUCAUUAUCUGGCAUACGAGCAUAACAUUUAUGCAAUUUGUUGGCUACAGCGUUGCCUUGUUUGGUCUCGUUAUCUAUUCAAUUGGCUGGGAUCAACUUAGGGCUCUAGGUAUUAGUAGGAAACUGAUAUGAGAUACUGUUCUUCAAGCAGAAGAGACACUGGUACUACCGCAUUUCAGCUCCAUACUGAAAGUAAUCAAGUCAAUGUUAGACGUGUAUGCUUAUUCAACUCACAGGCUUGACCAUUUAGCAACAUGUUGAAACUGUAGAACUUAUAACCACUAGUUCAACCAAGCACAUCGGUAUUAUUUUUAGUCUCGUCAAUUAUUAUAUGAGUCUUUGGAUAUAUUCCAAUCACAAUUUCUAGAUAUAUCAGUCAAUCUGAACAACUAGGGAUCUUUCCUUUCAACCUUGGGCCCAGAGCUUACAGCAUUCACAAACCCAACUGACCGGUUAACAUAUCCAAACGAUCUAGUAAGUCUGAUGACACAAUCCACGGCUAGCCACGGUUUCCAGCAUGUC